AAACAGCAUCAAUUACUUGCUACAUACGAUACAAUUGAAUGUACGAGGUGCUUCAUCUUGAUAUUCACAUGAUGAAUAACCUUUAUACUGACUCUCCAUAUUUUGGGAAAUUUCACCUUCAUUUGUCUUCUUCCCGGCGCCUCCCUUUUCUCGAAACACCACCACACAGCCUCGACCUCAACAGCAAAAUACCACUUACACAGGUGAUAAAUCAUUUCCUCAACCAAUGGAGCAUAUUGUCAAGAUGGAAAACAACCAUGGAAAAAUGAGACCAUACAAAAGCAUCUAUGAUGAAAUACUUGCCAAAGCAACAAGCUCACAAUACGGCUACACAGAUGAGCAAGUCAAGACUGUCUUGAAGUACAUGUACCAAAGAUAUGCCAGCUGUUUCGGUGACGAUGAAUCGUACUACAAGGCCUGGCUGGUCGAAGACUGGAUCUGGAUAUGCUUAUGUACGUAACAUCUUCAGACGACCUUUUGCCUCGAUACUAAUCUGUUCGCAGUCCCAAAAGAACAUCGACCUCACCUUCUAUCGGACGACACGAAAGAGGAGGCAGAAUGCAAGUUAAAACUGGUCAGAGAAGCUGCAUUUAAGGGUUGUACUGGGAGAGAUUCAGCAUCAGCUUUCUGCAAUCGAUCUUAUGGAGGAGAGACCAAUCCUGUGGCAGCUCAGCAAUUGGAGAGCGAUACCGUUGUUGACACUGAUUCAGAGAUGGAAGCUGAGCCUACCCUUACUUCGAACGAUAGUUUCCAGAGAAAAAGGUCUUUGCCGAUAAAUGAGGGUGCACGCAAAAAGGCUAAGACGGAGAAGAGUGUGUAGAUUGUGGUGAGGGUGGAGGUAUUGUCUUUGAAGCUGAGGGACGACAACUGGGGUGAAGGGCCAUUUUUGCAAUUGCUGCGGAAUUUUAAGAGCAAUCAUAUGCUUUGGGUGUGGCCUCAGACUUUCAAUACAUGGUCGAAGAAAUGAGAGUUUCAUUGAAUACUAAGGGAGAUUGGCACCACGAUGGUGACCAUAAGGGAAGAAAGCUCCCUGGAUUGGCAGGUUGAGACCUGCGGGGCUAUAACAGACGUGGCAAUGUGCCGGCGUCGUGUCUCAGCGUAAGCAGUGCGAUAUGGCUUUGAACACAGAAGAAAGUGUAGAAGAAAGUAAGAUUACCAAAACAAUAUAUAAUCUGUUGCUUACCAAAAAUGUAGAAUGCUAUCAAAGAGAAGUCUUCCGUCAAUGAAGAGUCAGCUUAGCUGAGUUUUUGACUCCCACUUUUUGAAUUUCUGAUUGUCCUCAUUACAAAAAUCUGGAAGUUUGUGAUGAUUCAAAAUUAUAUAUAUUUUCAUGGAAGGGCGAACAAGUCCCGGCUCGCAAGCCAGAGGCCUAGUAGGAUUUGAAUU